AUGCUUAGGUUGUAAAGAACCACAAUUGAAAAUAAUGCUUGUGGGAAAUCAAGUUGUGUAGUUAUUUAAAAACAAAGCUCUUCAUUACGUAGACUAGAGAGCAUAAGUAAUUUUAUAAUUAAGUAAGAGUAUAAUUUUUAAGUACAAGAUUAUAUAUGUAAAUAUAACAUAGGUUAUGAAGGUACAUGUCUUUCAAUUUCUAAUAUCAAGACUAUAAUUGUUUCCUCUUUAUUUUUGCAUAAUUUAGCUCUAAAUUCCGGUGGAUCUAUUAUUGUAAUUGGACAUGAACUUUUUAUUUUAGGCUACUCUGUAAUCUUGAAUAAUACAGCUAAUUAAGGAGGAGGGAUGGCAAUUGCAAAUUAGAUAGUUGGAAAUUUAGCAAGGUUUGGAUCCUUAUUAAAUGAGAAUAUAGCAAGAUAAUUUGGAAAUAAUUAUGUUCAAAUACCAUCUUCGUUAUCAAUAAAAACUGAUUUGAACGUCAUCUUGUUUAAAAGAACCAUUAUCGAUUAAAACGAUUUGUUGAUAGAAUAGGUUCAAUUUAAGCCCUAUUAAGUAUUUAAAAAUACUUAUUCUAAUGCAUUGUAUGUACCAAAUGGGCAGAUUAUUUCAAAGUAUGAAUAUUUUGAUUGGAUAAAAGGGGAAUAUUUUCCAUAUAAUUUGCAUUUGAGAAUUGUUGCUUUGGAUCAAGAAGGGGCAUAAUAAAAUAAUUUGAAUGAUACAUAUUGUGAGAUCAAUAGUAGAUUACUUAAAGACAAUGAAACUACUGAAUUUAGCACAAAUUAUACAAGUUUUAACAAUGUGAGUUUUAAUGGGACAGAUUAUAACUUAGACGAUAUCAUUUUCUAUUUAGAUGAUGAAUUAAAUAUGACUUUAUAAUUGCAGUUUCGUUGUAAUUCUGUUUUAAUACCUAUUUAUGGAGAAAAACUUGAUAUAGUAGGUUACCAUAGUAAUUAUUAUUUGAGAAUAAAUAUUAAGACGCUACCAUGCUAAAUGGGUGAGAUCAAGAGAGCUUCUGAUUUAACUUGUUCGCCAUGCGAUGCUCAAUAAGGUUAAUUUUCUGUGACUCUCCAUUCUCAGAAUUGUACAAUCAUAGAUGAUUCCACAACUAAAGAUGUAACAUCUGCGUAAAUGAAUCUCAAAUCUGGGUAUUGGAGACCUUAUUUCUAUACUGACUAAGUUAGUUAGUGUAGCAAUUUAAUGAGUAAUUGUUUGGGAGGAUGGUAGGAAGGAGAUACUUCUUGCUUAGUAGGACACAUAGGUGCUUUAUGCGAAGAAUGUGAUUUAUACAAUUUGCGAGGAGAUGGAGACUUUUCUACAAGUUCAAAGUACUCCUGCAAAGGUUGUUCUGAAAAAGGCCUUAACUCAAUUAUUAUCACUAUUAUUAGCUUUUGGUACAGUAUUUUAAAUAAUUAUAAGGACUUUGAUCUCAAUUCUGAUUUCAGUCAAAAGUACUAUCUCAGUUUUAAAAGCUGUUGCCUUAAAAGUAUAAUUAUAAAAGUUUAGGUUCUUCAUGUCAAUAAAGGAAUCUCACUCAGGAAUUCUAGUAAAAAUGCUCACUAAUCACCUUUAAAUAUUGUCUACAAUUACAAGUUUUAAAUUAAAUUUUCCAACCGAAUUAGUAAGCACAAUAAAUGCCACUGGAAAUCCUCUAUAAACUUUAACUUAUUCUCUUGACUGCUUCUUAAAAGAUAUGUUCAACAUCAACAUUCAAUAUUCAAGAAUUAUUUGGCAACUUAUCAUGCCGUUGAUCUAUAUUUUUUUUUUCUUCACAAUUUACUGGAUAGCUAUUAUCUUAAAAAAGAUGAGCUAUAAUAUAAGUGUGAUCAUGACAACAUUUAUUUAUUUGUACAUAUAUCUUCAACCAAAUUUAGUUGGUGGCUUAAUAUCCUUAAUUGCCUACAGAAAUAUUUCUAAUUUUAAGUGGAUUCAAGCGAAUGUUGCAUAUAGACAUGAUACGAAUUCUCAUAUAAUUUGGCUUUUAUCUUUUUGCCUUCCAAGCAUAUUUAUUAUUGGAUUAUUAAUUCCAUUCCUAUUGUUUUAUGCCUUGUACAAAAAUCGAGAAAGGCUUAAUGAAAAAAGGACUAGGUAAAAAUGGGGAUAUCUCUAUAAUGAAUAUAAUAAUGAUGUGUAUUUUUGGGAGAUUGUAAAAAUAGUAGAAAAAGAGUUGCUAAUUAUUUUUCUCUCAUAUUAUGAAGAGACAAUAGUGAAAAAAGCUAUUUUAGUAUUAUUGGUUCUAUAUAUUUAUUAAGAACUCAACACAAGAUUUAAACCAUAUUUAUUACCAAAGCUUAAUAAAUUGGAUGCCUAUUCUGCUAAUAUUUGCGAAAUUUCAAUUGCCCUCGGGAUUGGCAUCUUUGUUGAUGGCUCUUUAGAAUUUCAACUACCUUACAUACUAAUUAUUGUAACUCUCAAUAUGUAUUACCUCCUUCUUGUUUUGAAAUAAAUAAUAAGUUCAUACAACAAGAGAUUAGAAGUACAUUUAGAUAAAGUUCGUGACUUCUUAAGACAAAAGGCUCCAUGGAUUAUGAAAUUGUAAUUUUUUAAAAAAGAACUUCAAAACAGAUAAUCGAUCAGAAUCAGAGUUUAGAAAAGAUACAAAAAACUUAGAGAAUAUUUAAUGAAAUAGGGAAAGCAGAUUAUAAAAUUUAAAAAAGAGUUCAAUAGUAUUGGAAGGUAACAUAUCCCCAAAAUAUAUAUUGAUAAUUUUGAUGAUUUUUCUUCGCGAGAGUAAUUAUUUUUUAUACUUAGGCAAUUUCAAAAGGAACUCAAAUCUUUUUUGGAGGAGAAAGGUUUCUAAUCCAGUUUGAAAGAAGGGUUUGUUUAAAAUUGAUGCAAAAUUUACCAGCUUUUUCUAUCAAGG